AUGUCACAACCUGCAAAUGUCUCACAAAUACUCAGCAAAUACUCACCAUGUGACGUUUCGGAUGGAAUGGCCAAGCACGGGCUAGACGGGUCCCUGCCGAACCUACUCCAGUACUCGGGACCCGCCGCAACGGUUGCAGGACCAGCCUACACCGUGGAAUUUGCUCUCUUUGACGACCCGCGGCCGGAAGUCCAGUACAUUGACUCUGUUCAGAAAGGCUCUGUUCUUUGCAUUGGUCUCGACAAACGACUUCAAGUUUCACAUGCCCCGUAUACUCUGGUUAACAAUGCGUUAUAUGGAGGUCUCAUGUCAACCAGGGCCCGCUAUCUGGGCGCCGUGGGAACGGUUGUUUUCGGUCGAAUCAGGGAUGUGAAAGAACACAGAGAGCUUGAGUACCCGGUGUUUGCUUACGGAACUGGUACGGCGGCUCCAAGACCUGCUGUAAAACCCGUGGCAUUAAAUAAACCUUUAGAGGUGUAUGUGGAUGGAUUUCCAUCAGGCGCCUAUGCGACGAUCUCACCAGGAGAUACCAUUAUCGCCGAUGAAAACGGGGUGGUGAGACUUCCAGCAAGUCUACCACAGUCUACAGUUGAUCAGAUUCUGGAUUAUAUUCCUAGACGAGUUCGCGCAGACGAAUUGGUUGCACAGGACAUUCUAGCGGGUGUUGGAGCGAUAAGCGCCCAAAAAGAUAGGCGCAAAGGGCUGUAA